UGCCACGGCGAUCGAGGCCGCGACAAAUGUAAAAUCGGACGGACUUGCUCUAAAACAGAAUGUUCCCGUUGAACUUCUGUUGUACCUUUGGAGAAUAGUUUCCGCUUUUCUCGCACGAACCCAAAGGAGACCUCCAAAACCCAGCCUCCCAUGUCGGCUACGGCGACGUCGGCCCAAAAUCCCGGCCCGAAUACGCCCAAAUCGGACUCUGAUCGCCUCGCCGCCAGCUUGCCUCCCGAUCCGCUCCUCCGCUCCGGCUCCUUCAUCGACGCCUCCACCGCCACCGGCAACGGCGGAAGCUCAUUCGAUGACAGGAAGUCCCAGAAAUUGUUUCCCCAGACGCCGGAGUCUCGCCGAUCUUCCGGCGGCGCGCUGGCUCCGUGUUCAGAGAGUCCGAAUCGGGGGAAGAGGAAGCCGCCGGAGGCGGAGCUGGAUUGGUUGCCGCGGGGAUGGACCGUUGAAGAUAAAGUGCGGAGCUCCGGCGCCACUGCUGGUUCCAAGGAUAGGUACUAUUUUGAUCCAGUCUCAGGCCUUAAAUUUCGGUCAAAGAAAGAGGUUCUCUACUUUCUGGAAACAGGAAUUCGACGCAAACAUAAAAAAACAACAGAAAUUUCAGACGCUGAGAUAACUCCGAUGGACAGCUCUGGGGAACAGAAACAGAAUUCUAGUACAAGUAAAAAGGGUUCUGCUCUAAACUUCAACUUCUCCCGUGUGCCUGAGAAGGUCAAAUGGGUUCUCUCAGAUUCUUCCGGAGAGUCCUGGAAUGCUUUUAUCGGUGAUAACCAAGUGCCGGAGUCUAGUACUCGAGAUUGGUUAGCAGCAUUCACAUUCCUCGCAUCAAGAGACAGAGGAAGAUACCAUUGACGCCAUUUUCAUACUUUGAACGGUGUUUUUACAUUGUAAUACUCACCAGCAAUAGGUUCUCUCUUUUUGUUUCCCCCACUGCAAAUAUGAAAUAGCUGCAUUUCUGGCCAAUAAUAGGGUCUUCAUUUUUGCUUUUUCUUUCUUCUGCUAGGUCCUUUUGGCACUUAAAUUAUUUUGAAUUUGGUCCAUAUCACAGCCAAGCGCACAACUAUUUAAUGCUA